UUUUCUGUCAGGGUUACGUUAGCUUACUAAAAUAAAACUGUGUUGUUCAGCGCAAGCUACCUAGGUAAUUGCUAUUUGCUACCUGUGCCAUAGUUUACUAUCGUGAUGAUACAUGUCAAGGCCUUCUUUGACUUUUUUUUCCAACGAGACGUGUUAUACUAAAUUGAGAUUCAGAAUUCGAUUUUAGAUAUUUUUAUAUAUUUGAAUCUACCGGCUACAGAGAAGAAUGCAUAGUCACGGUGGCCGAGAGGUUAAGGCGUUGGACUCGAAAUCCAAUGGGGUUUCCCCGCACAGGUUCGAAUCCUGUUCGUGACGUGUUAAUCUUUUCGAUCGUCUGUAUUGCUACAACCUUGAGACACUCAAAGAAUGGAAACAUACUUCAAACUCAAUGAUCAAAUGCUAGCGUAACGUCCUGUUAAUCGUGUUUCAUUCCAGUUAACUUCUAUCACUACAGGAUUAAUAUGGCGUUGCUCGGGAAGGUUUGCCAUUUUAUGGUCGUGGUGUUAAUGACAAAUAGGCCUAGUGAAUGCUGUGUACAGUCCACUAAAAAUAAAGGGGAAAGUGAUCUGUGGUGAAGUGCGACGCUGUCAUUUGGAGUUAAAAUAAGUCUACAGUUCUCCGUAAAUUACGACGUCUCUUGAGUUUUGACAUGCCUUACUAUCGUAUUUGUUUCAACAACAAACUACUUUCUCAUUGUACCGUGAAAAUAUUAUUAUAAUUAUGCUCCAACUAUAUUAUACAACAUCGGCAAUGAUUUUAUGGAAAGGGGUCAGAUAUCGCUUUUCCAUCCAGACACAUUCUUCUUGGUAUCCAAUCAGAUGCUGAUGUUAUUGUAAUUUGAUCACUGUAAAUACCAUAAGGUGCAUUUUCAAAAUCUACCCUAUGUACAUGUUUUGCUUUAUCGUGUAAAGACAGAAAUAAUGAACACACCAAUUUUUUUAAAAGUAUAACAUUAUCGUCGUUGUAUGUUGUUUGAAAGUACACCAUACAAUUUGUGAGAAGAUAUUUUUUUUAAUUUAAAGGUGUUCCCACGCCCCCCCUUUUGUAUGCGAGGAAAUGGACUAGUCUGUUCCGUUUAAAAAUGGAACAACACGCAUACUUCGCGUUGGCGUUGUUCGGGGCAUUGUGACAGGGAACAGGAGAGUCUGUGAUAGUUGUAGAUUUUCAAGAUAAUAGAAAUAGCCAAGAACAUGGUAUAGAGACGCCUCACAUGUCGAGGGACUUUUAAAAAACGAGUUUAUACGAUAGGAAUAACAAUUGGCAUUCCACAAACGCCUUCUACAUUUAUGGCGUACCAUGAUCAAACUUAGAUUCGUCACAAAGACGCACUAUGAUUUCUAGUCGUCUUCGUCGUUGUUUUUAAAUAAAUUAAAUAUUUUUUAGAGCAGGUUUUAUAUUAAACAUUCCUCUAAUCAUUUAACUAACGGAAACAUAAAACACGAUUGCUGUGGAGUAGUCUUUUUGAUAACCCACACGAGCUUUAUACUGUUGAUGGUAGGCUAGGGAAGCUCCCUGACCAAAUCAGCGCUAGCUAGCUUGCUAAGACGCAGCGAAGGAUACAAAAGUGUCGGGGGGAAAAAUACUAGCAACCUAAAGCUAGCCAGGUUAGCAAGACCAGAGAGGGUUACCCGUAUAGUUUUAAACCACUGACAGGGCAACAUCGUAGUAUUUGUUACUUCUAACCUUAGGUGCGACAUGCCUCCGAGUAUAGCUAUGGAGCUUGCGAUGGCAAGCAAGGUUAAAAUAGUUAGUUAGCGUUAAUAACCGUACAAGGGAAGCGAAAGUACACUUGAUGUAACUUAGCAAACGUUGCCGGUGUAGUCAGUUUCCCCUCAACUUGCAUUAGAUAGGCUAACUGAGAAAGACUGCCAAAGUGGUUCACUUUAGCCAAGACGGCACUGGGAAAAUUCUGCACACCAGCAUAUAGAUUGGUUUCUGCGUGACAACCAGUCAUAGUUUAUUCAAUUGCUCCCAGUACUUUGUUCACCGACUCGUGCUGUAGCUAGCAAGUUUGCUAUAGCUAUUGAAUGCUGCUUUUUGUUUCACAAAGUCGGCCAUACAGACAGCUAGUAACGCUAGCUUUUCCCUAAUUAAAUUGAAAAUGUCGACUAUAUCUAACGAAGGUGCGUUACUGAUAAAAGAUGUUAAGCCUGGAUCGAAAAAUUUAAACAUCGUCUUUAUUGUUUUGGAGAUAGGACGUGUCACCAAGACAAAAGAUGGACACGAGGUGCGCUCUUGCAAGGUGGCAGACAAGAGUGGCAGCAUUGCUAUUUCUGUGUGGGAUGAACUGGGCAGCCUUAUUCAACCAGGAGACAUAAUUCGCCUUACACGAGGCUAUGCCUCAAUUUGGAAGGGAUGCUUAACCCUAUACACUGGAAGAGGUGGAGAUCUACAGAAGAUUGGAGAGUUUUGCAUGGUAUACUCAGAGGUGCCUAACUUCAGUGAGCCAAAUCCAGACCUGCUAGUCCAAACUAAUAUGCAAAAUAAGACGGGUAAAGGGGAGCAGAGGGGAAACUCUCCACCUAAUCAGAAUUCAGGUACACCCAAUCAAACAGGAAACGGUUCGAUGCGGACCUACUCUAAUAAUAAUGCUGCUGUGACUGUGCCUCGUGAUCCUGCUUUUGGUGGGCUGGGCCGAGCCAACGGCCGGCCUCCUGGCAACGGGCCUCCCUCGGUGACCAUAGAAGGUCCCCCUGCUCCUCCCAAGCCCUCUGUGACCAUCAGCAAUGGCCGGGACCCUCGACGAGCUUCGAAGAGAUGAGGAGCAACAGCGACAAUCACUAUUGCGCACACACCCCUCAUCCACACUCUUCCCCUCCCCGCACGACUUCUCUCACUUUCAGGCUCGACUCAGAUCCGAGUCUCGGAACACAUCACGUUACUGCCACUUUGAAAUGACUAGUCCAUUUUGUCCUCAGUUGUCUUGUGCCAGAUAGUCCUCACUAGUUGUGCCACAUUCCUGUUUCAUCAGUUGAAGCACUGCACUGAGAAGGCCAAAUCAUGGUGUUGACUUGUUCAUAUAAGUUGCCUGUUCCUGGAACUGAACUCUUUUAACAGUUAACCAACCACACCCAUUCACCAAGUGUGUUUGACCAAUUCAGUGCCAGUUUUAUGCCCACCGAUGUUUGCCCUUUCCCUUAAAGUGUUGAAUGAAAUUCUUACACCCUACUUGAACACUUGAUGCACUUUCUUAAGUUAUAAAGGGGGCAUUACUGACUUGUGAUAAAGCAAUGACUUGCCAAUGUUGAGAAAAGGUCAUCAAAGGGGGCUCCCUUUGGCCAAAGGACACAUUUAAAAAAAGUAGGAGUGACUGUGAAAGCAGAGGUGAUAGUUUUGGUUUUUAACACGUAGGCUUAUUUAAGUAGAAUAAAGAUUUGGUCAGAAAGAA